GAGACCCACUCCUUCUGAGCCCUCAGACCUCUCCACCGGUUUCAAGAGGACGCGGCCCGUUGGCGGCCACCCCUGGCCUCAGUCCGGCUCGCAGUGCAGCGCAUCACCGCGUCCCGGGCUCCGACUUGGAGCGCACGGCUCGCGCCCCGGGCAACAGCGUGUCCCGGGAGCCCCGACUGUGGGGCAGGACGCAGGGCGGCGGCUUGCUGGGGAUGGGCGGCCCGGCUGCGGCGUGGACGGGCGCCGGGGGGCUCCGAGCGCUGCUGCUGGCGCUGGUGGCCGCGGGGGUCCCGGCCGGCGCCUACAACCUCGACGCGCAGCGCCCGGUGCGCUUCCAGGGCCCUGCGGGUUCCUUCUUCGGCUACGCGGUGCUGGAGCACUUCCACGACAACACGCGCUGGGUCCUUGUGGGUGCACCAAAGGCAGAUUCCAAGUACAGCCCUUCGGUAAAGUCCCCUGGAGCUGUGUUUAAGUGCCGUGUCCACACCAACCCUGACCGGAGAUGCACUGAACUGGACAUGGCUCGAGGGAAAAACCGGGAUGAGCCCUGUGGGAAGACCUGCAGGGGAGACCGAGAUGAAGAGUGGAUGGGGGUGAGCCUGGCCCGGCAGCCCAGAGCAGAUGGCCGUGUUCUGGCCUGUGCCCAUCGUUGGAAGAACAUCUACUAUGAAACAGACCACAUCCUGCCCCAUGGAUUCUGCUACCUCAUCCCGUCCAACCUCCAGGCCAAAGGCAAGGAGCUGAUCCCCUGCUACGAAGAGUAUAAGAAGAAAUAUGGGGAGGAACAUGGCUCCUGCCAGGCCGGGAUGUCAGGCUUCUUCACUGAGGAGCUGGUGAUCAUGGGUGCCCCAGGCUCAUUUUAUUGGGCUGGGACAGUCAAGGUGCUGAAUCUCACGGACAACACGUACUAUAAACUGAAUGAUGACCUGAUUAUGAGCAGGCGGUACACCUACCUGGGCUACGCAGUGACCGCUGGCCACUUCUCUCAUCCGUCCAUCACUGACGUGGUAGGAGGUGCCCCGCAGGACGAAGGCAUUGGAAAGGUUUAUAUAUUUAGAGCUGACCGGAGAUCAGGGACCUUAAUAAAGAUUUUCCAGGCAUCAGGGAAAAAGAUGGGCUCUUACUUCGGCUCCUCCUUGUGUGCAGUUGACCUCAACAUGGACGGCCUCUCUGACCUGCUCGUGGGAGCCCCCAUGUUUUCUGAGGUCAGAGAUGAAGGGCAGGUUACUGUCUACCUCAGCAAAGGAAAUGGAGCCCUUGAGGAACAGCUGUCCCUGACUGGAGAUGGUGCCUACAACGCACACUUUGGGGAGAGCAUUGCCAACCUGGGUGAUCUUGAUGACGAUGGGUUCCCAGAUGUGGCCAUUGGUGCACCUAAGGAGGAUGACUUUGCUGGUGCGGUCUAUAUCUAUCACGGUGAUGCCAAUGGAAUCGUCCCGCAGUACUCAAUGAAGCUGUCUGGGAAGAAGAUAAACCCAGUCCUGCGGAUGUUUGGCCAGUCCAUAUCAGGGGGCAUUGAUAUGGAUGGAAAUGGCUAUCCUGAUGUCACCAUAGGAGCCUUCCUGUCCGACAGCGUGGUCCUCCUCAGAGCCAGACCGGUCAUCACUGUGGCUGUCUCCAUCUUCCUCCCAGGCUCCAUCAACAUCACAGCACCUCAGUGUCAUGACGGACAGCAGGCUGUGAACUGCCUGAAUGUCACCGUGUGUUUUCGGUUCCACGGCAAGCAUGUACCAGGAGAAAUCGACCUGAGCUACAAUCUGACGGCUGAUGUGGCCCAGAAGGAGAAGGGCCAGCUGCCCAGAGUCUAUUUCGUGCUGCUGGGAGAGACUGCCGGCCAGGUCUCAGAGAAGCUGCAGCUGACCAGCAUGGAGGAGACGUGUCAUCACUACCUGGCCCAUGUCAAGCGGAGGGUCCAGGAUGUCAUCAGCCCCAUCGUGUUCGAAGCUGCCUACAGCCUGGCUGAGCAGGAGACUGGUGAGGAGGAGCGGGAACUGCCGGAUCUGACCCCAGUGCUACGCUGGAAGAAGGGACAGAAGAUUGCCCAGAAGAAUCAGACAGUUUUUGAAAGAAAUUGCCGAUCUGAGGACUGCGCAGCUGACCUGCAGCUUCGGGGGAAACUACUGCUUUCCAGUGUUGAUGAGAAAACCCCAUACCUAGCUUUAGGGGCUGUGAAGAAUAUCUCUCUAAACAUCUCCAUCUCCAACCUUGGGGACGAUGCCUAUGAUGCCAACGUCUCCUUCAACGUUUCCCGGGAACUCUUCUUCAUCAACAUGUGGCAGAAGGAGGAGAUGGGCAUUUCCUGUGAACUGCUGGAAUCGGACUUCCUCAAGUGCAGUGUGGGAUUUCCUUUCAUGAGGUCAAAGUCGAAGUAUGAGUUCAGCGUCAUCUUUGAUACAAGCCACCUGUCUGGGGAAGAGGCCGUUCUCAGCUUCAUCGUGACUGCUCAGAGUGGAAACAUGGAGCGCUCUGAAGCCCUGCAUGACAACACGCUCACACUGGCAGUUCCUCUGGUGCACGAAGUGGACACGUCCAUCACUGGAGUUGUGUCCCCAACCUCCUUUGUGUAUGGCGAGUCUGUGGAUGCUUCCACCUUCGUUCAGCUGGAUGACCAGGAGUGUCAUUUCCAACCACUCAACAUCACUCUACAGGUCUACAACACGGGCCCCAGUACCCUUCCCGGGGCAUCUAUCAGCAUCUCCUUCCCCAGCCGGCUGUCACCAGGUGGCGCAGAGAUGUUUCAGGUCCAGGAGAUGAUGGUGAGCCAAGAGAAGGGCAACUGCUCUUUCCAGAGGAACCCGACCCCCUGCAUCAUCCCUCAAGAACAAGAAAAUAUCUUCCACACCAUAUUUGCUUUUUUCACCAAAUCUGGAAGGAAAGUGUUGGACUGUGAGAAGCCAGGGAGCUCCUGUCUGACCGUGCACUGCAACCUUGGCGCUCUCCCUAAAGAGGAGAGCCGCACGGUCGACCUGUACAUGCUGCUGAACACAGAAAUACUGAAGAAGGACAGCUCUUCUGUCAUCCAGUUCAUGGCUCGAGCCAAGGUGAAGGUGGACCCUGCCCUGAGAGUGGUGGAGAUAGCCAAUGGGAAUGCAGAAGAGACUCUGGUGGUCUUCGAGGCCCUGCACAAUCUGGAGCCCCGCGGCUACGUUGUGGGGUGGAUCAUCGCCAUCAGUUUGCUGGUGGGAUUCCUCAUCUUCCUGCUGCUGGCGGUUCUGCUGUGGAAGAUGGGCUUCUUCCGCAGAAGGUACAAAGAGAUCAUCGAAGCUGAGAAGAACCGGAAAGAGAAUGAAGAUGGUUGGGACUGGGUGCAGAAAAACCAGUGACCCGCUGUACCAGUCAUGUGAUGCCCUCACGCUCCCAUCGCCAGCCUGUGGUCCCUGAUCUUUGUAUCUUCCAUAUUUGGAAGAAAGAAAUCUUCUCCAGAUUUUUCGGAGGCCCCACUGAUGCUGUUCUCUCCUCAUCCUGUCAAGCCCGGUGCCGACCUGAGAUGGCCACCUCCAGCCAGGUCACAUGACUGGGGCCACCAUGACCUCCCUUUACAAACAAACUCAGAGCUUGGGAAAGACGAGCUACAGAGCAAAGCAAUAUUUAUGGAUGCAACAUUGCGUGGUCAACCCUCAGGGGAAACUGUUACCUAAAAGUAUUUUUUAUAAAUGUAAGCCUUUUAUAUUGAUCGUGUCUUUAUAUUUGUAUCGAUGUUUUAUUAUUUCUAUUAAAUAGUUCUAUAAUUCACUCAAGCACUGAAACCUUGGAAAUACAUGUAUCUGCAUACACAUUUUAAAAGAGAAAGAACUUAUUGUACUUUGGAACUUGCUGUUUAAAACCUGCAGAUAAAAUAAACUAAAGAAACCUCAUGGAGUGAAUCCACCAAGCUGGGAGUACUGCAGAAGCACCAUGGAUGUGGCAAGACCACCUAAGACAUUUCCCAUUGUUUCACCUGGAGUCGAGGCAGAGCCUUGAAGAAGUAUCAGUGCUUUCUCUUACAGACCUCUCACUGGGAGAUUCCCAGCAGGAGCGGAGAUGAAAAGCCUGGCUUCCUCACUGCAGAUGGUCUGCACCCCUCCGACACAUGCAGCAGGCACUUCGCCCUCCUCCCUCUGGAGUCAGCAAGCGCUGGAUAGACAACUGGUCAACCUCAGAAUAGCAUCUCAUCCCAGACACUGUGCACCAGGAUUCAAAGCCCAGGACUGACGCUGUGCUCUCUCAGCAAAGACCUGUGUCUCUGUGUGUAAGGUGUUGUCUUGUGCUGUCAUUUCAGUUCAAGGAUCUCCAUUUCCUCUGUCACUCUUGCUGUCCCCAAAUGGUAGUGCUGCAGAUUCCUUCCCAGAGAGGAUAGCCCCACUUGAUUUAUAGUACGUCUUAGGUGGAAUUCUCAAGAGUCAAAACCUGGGAUAAGGACUUGGGUGCUAGUAAGUUACUGAGAAAGUCUUCCCAGAAGCUAGCAGUGAGGAAGUAGAGAAUACAAUACAGGAAAGUAGGGGAAGCCAAGCAACGAUGUCCCUUUAGGGGACAACCCACAGCCUGGCUUCAGCCCAAUUGGAUGGUUGGCAAGUCAGGCUCAAGAGUGUCCUGACCAGAUGUCAGGAAGCUGGACUUUUGUGGUCACACACCUGCAGGGAAUGUAAACUUUCUGCCUUUGGUUCUUGCUGACAAGAUUACUCUGUCCUUUAAAGGACAGCUUUGGGAACACCCUCAACCAGGGAGACCCAGAAAUCAUACAAAGAAUUCUGAGCCAAGAGCUUUGGUGUUCCCCUCCCCCAAACAAGUGAACACUAUCUUCAGCUUUGGGAAACCCAAAAAGCCAUAAGUCAAAGCUGGUCCUAGAAGUCAAAUGUUGCAUCUGACCCUGGAAUGGAGACGGGUCACAGCAAGGCUGGGGCAGCUCAGGAAACUAGUACACACCCAGUUCAUAAGUUUUGUCAAAAGAAAUAAGGAAAGAAGUCUUGGCUUUACCAGCCAUGUACAGCCUGGACUGUGGGUCGGGCACUGUGCUGGAUGCUGGUGAUCCCCAGAGAACACAGUCUCAGGGUAGUAAGCCAUCCAUCCUGCAGUAGGUGUAGAGUGUGGAUUCUCCAUGAGCCCCACUUGCAGCUGUCCUGUGAUGAUGAUGUAUGGAUCAUGUCAUGGUUUCCUGUAAUAAAUCAUUUGGUAUUCUUAGGUGGUGAGGCCACUACAGUGCCAGCUGCAGUUUUAGCCAAAUGCAUUGGUCCCCACUGGCCUGCUUCCUGCCAGCCAGCAGAGCCGCACCUGCAAAGUGUGGACACGGAGGGAGGGCAGACUCGGGUGGAAUCUGGCCGCGUGUGCCCCAUUAUCAAUGAUAAGCCCUCAUGAGUAGCCAUGUGUCAAUAAGUCAGUACAGCUCCAUGAGGCAGAUUUUAAGAAAACGACAUGGUAGCCUCAGAAGCAAAUCCUAGCGGCCGCUGUAGAAAGCAUCUUUGCCUGUCUGAUAAUGCUGAGUGCCAGGUGGCGGGAGAGCGUGGGAUGUGGCUGCUUGGCACACGGGCAGAGAAGGGGGCGGAGCACGGUCUCAGAGUCCUCUCCCUGGGUACUUCAGCAUCUUCAUGACAGCCUCCCUCAAGCUAUCAGGGGAAGUGGGCAAGUGUGUUGAUAUGUCUGUGUUACCUCUCUCCAGAACAUUCUUUUAAAACCCCGCUGUGUAGCCCAUUGUACACUUUUGCCUCUGAAUUCACCGUGGAAGCCCUGCAGACAGUCUCUUGGGCACUAUCAUUUGUCUGCUUCCGUGGUUUCCUUGUGUCUUUCAUGGUUUAGCCAGCUCUUUGGACUGGACUGAGUGCUGUUUUGUUUUUUCUUUUUAAUAUGUAAAAGGACCCUUGUGAAGAAUUGACUAAAGCAAUGCCUCUUUAAAAAACAAAGUGGCCCCCUUCUUCUGAGUUUCCACGGGACUCAGGAAAGUCUGGAGCAUCCCCAAGAGGCUAUGCAGUUUAGAAGCACAGGAACACUAGUGGAGGGAGCUGAGUGCCUGGCUUUGUGCUGACAGACCAAUGCAUGCCUUGUGUUCCUGGCACUGCGGUCUCAAGCAGUGCUUUGGGGAAGCAUCCCAGUGCCCAGAGGCCUGGCAGGCUGCGUGAAGCCCUCCACACCAACUUUCUGUGCUAAAGCCAAAAGCAAGAUAUCUCAGCCAACAGCAGCCAUGUUUGUGGGACACCCCCGUGACCUGUGAUGCUGCUGAGCCCCAGUCUGGUUGGUGUGGAAUGUUAUUCACAUUUACCUGAGGUUAAGGUAGCGUUAUACCUGAUUGCCUGGGAAACGUAGGCCUAGGAGAGGUGUGCCCAAUUUCAACUUCCUGAGUUUUCGAGGAGCUACAGAACAUUGUCAUUUGAGGGAUGAACAGUUCAGCAACAGAGUGUUUGCCUGACAUACGUGAAACACUGGGAGAGCUAUCCCUUUAGCAAACACAAGGCAGAAACCGAGUAUCAUUUCUCAGUUCCUCGAGGGCACGGGACUUUAAUAGAUGGGGGGUUUUGAUACGCGGAGUAGUAAAAUGCACAGGAAAGAGUAUUUUCUGGGGUAAUGGCUGAAAGGAGGCUGCAGAGCCAAUGGGGCCAAAGCAGCCUUCUAGACGGACUUCUGAGUCUUCUGCCCCCAAGGGGAACGUUGAGUAAAUCUCCCUACAUGGUGAGAUGCUCUCCACAGCACGCUUGUCUGGAUUUCACUUCUGUUCAGUUUGCUUUGUUUGAUCCUGAGGUGCAGUUUGAUUGGCAGUGUGAGUUUACGCUUUCUGAGUGAUUUGCUGCAGGGCAGGCACCUCCCCUGCUCCCCUCUCCCCACCCCCUCCCGCACAUGCACAGCUUUACUGAGGUAUCCACACAAGCACACUACCCAAGAGGAUUUGGGAUGGAAGGGCUGUCCCUCCUCACUGUGUCCGUGUGUACUCCCGUCUCUGCAGUCACUUCUAAUUCACUUGCACUGUUUGGGAAAUGCCAGGUUUACAAAUAAUAUGUGUUUGGAAUUAAAAAAAAAUGGCUUCAAACGA